UGGCGAGAUAUCACUGACCCACAUUGCGUCGGUGCGACAGCUUGCAGUUCGACAAUUUUCUUUCAUUUUUAAAUAAUUGCUGCAUGGUGCACAUCGGGAACACGUGGAAUAUAUAUUAGGAAAAGUAUUGACGUUUGAUUCGAUUGAAUGUUGUGUUUAGCCAUACAUUUUGAGGAUAAUUGAGUGGUUGACCCAAACUGACCAGGUGCUACUAUAACAACGUGUAUUAAACAUUCCAAAUAUGGCUCCUCGGCAUUUCUUCAUCUCUACCAUCCUGGCAGUUGUGGUUACCAUAGCAAUGGCUAAAAUCCCAAUUAAUAAACAUCUGAAAGUUGUCACUAUAGAGACUGAACCAUGGAUGAUGAUUGACCCCAACAAGACAGGUUUGGCUGCCUAUUCUGGGUACAUGGCUGACUAUGUCAGAAGACUGAGUGAUAUAACUGGCUUUUCAUAUGAGUUCUACCCAGCUCCUGAUGGUCGAUAUGGCAGUAAGAAUGAAACAACUGGUGAAUACGAUGGCAUGAUUGGAGAAGUGAUAAAAAAGAAUGCCCACUUUGCGGCUGGACCUAUUUCCAUAACAUCACACAGAGAGAUUGGUGUGAACUUUGUCCAACCCUUUGUCCAUACUGGGAACACCAUUUUAAUACGUAAGCCCAGCAAGGCAGAGGUUGGAGCAUCACGUUUGACUGGAUUCACAGUUCUUCAACCAUUCUCAACUGGACUUUGGUUGAUAUCAAUUGCAGCAUUUUUCCUUACUGCUUUGUUUCUGUGGUUGUUGAACAAUUACGACCCAUAUGAGUAUGGUGUCCGUGCAACACUUGGUCACGCAACUGAAAGAGAGGCUGAAACGUUUGGAAUCCAGGGCUCACUGUGGUAUGCUUUCACCACAUUACAAUGGCAAGGAUUUGAACGAUCACCCCAUUCUGUCGCAGCUAAGGUUCUCUCUGGAUUCUGGUUUGUGUAUGUCACACUUACACUAUUGACAUACACAGGAAGUCUCGUCAACUGUCUAUCAAUCAUUGGAGCAGCACCACCCCCUCAACGUCACCACAUCAUCAACAGCAUAGAGGAGUUAUUUUCCCAGAAUCCACUUAAGGUUGAUUUUGGAUGGUUAAAAGGUGGAGCCACCGAUAGUUAUUUCCAGAAUAAAAGGGGACCUAUGUAUGAUGUAGUAAGAGCAUAUAUCGAUCAGACUAAUAAUACAGUCGCAACAGUUGAAGAGGGCUUAAAACGCGUCCGUGAGGAAAAUUAUGCUUUUAUCGUGGAAUUAUCCUUUGCAAAGACAUAUAUAAAUCAGAAACCAUGUAAUUUGAUAACUGUAGGAGACACAUUCAGUAAAAGAGGAUAUGGCAUUCCUAUAGGGCAUGAAAUUAGUGAUGAAAUAUUGGAACCAUUCCAUCAAGCCACAUUGGAAAUGAAUCAAAAUGGUGAGUUUGACGCUCUAGAGAGGAAGUGGUUUGUCGAUCGUGGCGAUUGUUGGAGUGAAAAUGCUAAUGCUGAAGGAAUGCUCAAACCUGCUGAGACAACCUGGUUCACCCAGGGUAAGGGAGCACAGGGUGUCAUUCCGAUCACUAUACCCAUGUUCUGGGGGCCACUCACAAUUCUGUGUUGUGGAAUGGUCAUUGCAGCUGCCGCUUUCAUUGGAGAAGUUCUAUAUUAUAAAUAUAAAGGGAGAGACUAUGAGAGAGCUAAACGUUUUAAGGGACUCCCCCAGCAAGACAGUAUGACACCAGAGGGGGACCUAGAGAUCAGUUAAAUGAUAAUCUGACUGAGAAUGACGACAAUGACAAGAUAUAGAACAUUCCUGAAUAUAUCAACUCUGAGUUACAGCUGUUUAGAGGGGAGGUUGUAUGGAGAAUUUUUAGUAUGGAUAACUCAUAGUAUAAUAGUGUUUAGUAUUGCGCACAUAGAACAGAAGUUGUUUGGAGUAGAAAAUCAAAUCUGUUUUGAAGUUCACAUAAUAUGAUAUCGAAAUAUUAUCAGGGAUUAUCUGACAAUAUAAGAUGUAGUAAGCAGGAUUGAUAUCUUUUUUGGUUUCCAUUUUGAAGAAUAAUACAGUAAAACCUAUACAUGUAUAUAGUGAACAGCUAUGGAGCCACAAAAAGUGUUCACUGUAGUGCUCACUAGAGAAAGGUAGGGGUCAAAUGGUUCAAAAUUCCAAUGGUUCGGUUCGGUCACGGUUUUAAGGUCCACGGUUCUGUUCGCGG